GCCCAGAGUAGCGUGACCAGGCCGAUUGCGAUCAGACAGCGCCAGCGGCGAGAACCGUCGAGGUCACUGUCACCCUGGACAUGUCUGACACUCAGUUCUCUUCUGGUGGUGCCAAACUCAUGGACACGCAGGAGCAGUACGCUGCAGCCGCACUUACCUCUCCUGCCAUUCCUGCGACACCGGACGAGGGCACGGUUUCUUCUUUCCCCGGAGCUCGAGGACGUGCCGACGUACCCAUUAACGAAGAACGUCAUUCCUUUUUUGAUGCUUCUCUACCACAGCCCUUCCCGCUACCUUCCGUCUCAUCCCAACCUUUAGCGACGCCAGCCCUGGACGACCAACCUCACCUAGAUCUGAGCUUUGCUGGAACCUUCUUACCGACUGCUGUGUCACUGCCCUCUCCCACGCUGGCCAGGACAGCACCCAACUUCCGUUUACCCUCGUUUGACGUCCUAGGUAUUGCUGCGCCCCACCCUGAUCGUAUCCCGUUACACUCAACAUAUUCCUUUUCGUCACUGGGCGCCGGACCUUUAUCGAAACCAGAAGAUCCUCUCCAUGCGCUCAGCCCACCAUUGGAGUUUCGCCGUCAAGCCGACAAACCUGUCCAUCCUCCCGUUGCCAGCCCGAAAGCUACCAGAAAGCAGCUGGAACACCAGGUUCCGACCUUUACUCCUCCGUCGGAGCCGGGGACGUUCAAUUGGGGCUCGCUCGUAAGAGUGAACACAGCUGGUGCAGGUUCCCCACCGAGCUCAGAACCUGGAGUAUCGCCAAAUCUUACCCUCACGGAAAGUGCGACGGCGCCAGGGCAGGCCACGAUCAUUGUGCCCACUUACGCGGAAGAAAUAAGCGAGGCGGUUAGGAUGGCAUUUUGGGUUCAGAACGUCAAAAACAUCCUCACCACCGAGUCAGAAACCUUGGACCUGGCCCAAGUAAAAGUACUGUCGCAUGCCCUUCCUUGCCCUUCAUUGACAGGUCACCUGUUCGGCCAAGUCAUCGCAGCUAUUCACGACAGGACCAACUCGCAUACGUCCUGGAUCAACGUCUUCCAUGCCGUUCCUGGUCGCUUCACGCUCUCCGAUCUACCCAAAUCGCCGCCGUCGACCCCCGGACCGGUUGUAGGAGGAGAUGAAUACUUCACUUCGAAGGUCUUCGAUAGCGCCGUUGCCAUCCCCGAUUACCAGCUCGACUCGAAACUUCUUCCCCAAUCUCCGCGACCAGUCGUCCCACCAGGGAGUAUCAACAUUUCGAUAGUCGAGCGAUAUAUCCCUCCUACUAAUUACAAUGAGUACGCUGAGAUGUUUGCGUUCAAAGGGCGGUCGCUGUUGUACGAUCGUCUGGUGGAGCUCUCGCCUAAUCAUGGCACGCUACUAUUUGUAUACCCAACACGGACCGGUGGGCGGACUUUCAUGAGGGACUACCUAGGGCCAAUUCUCGAUCCACUGCUACGGACGGUAACGGUCAUCCAUGAUCUCACGUCUGAUUUGGGCAAGAACCUCGGCUCCAUGACUUCCGUGGAUUACCUGGACGAAUACGAUCAGCUGGCGGCGCAUGUUGAGAAGUUCUGCGAGAGACUCAACGGGAGUGGGUCAAGUCGCCGAAGUAUUAGCGAUCAGAAAGCGACAUACGAAGUGAUAAAGGCUUCGAAAGAAGAGAUGAUGCUGGAAAGGUCAGCAUGGGCGGACGACUGGUGGAUCAAGCAAGAGAAGCCUAGGGUUCGUGACGUGGUCACGAAAUAUUUCCGGAAAGCGGCACGACUACCCACUAAUACUGAGAUGACGAGCGCGCUCCUUAUCGAGGAAGUACUGAACGGUGUUUCGAAUCGCGAGUACUUAGGCGGAGGCCCAAAGAAGGGCGUUGAAGUCGGCGUCUUCAUCAUCAAGAAGUCACGGUCCACAUAGCACGUGAACCUGACUCUACCGAUACGACCAAGACUGAGAAGGGAGGGGUCGAGCAGCGGCAUGAGUAGUGGGAUGUUUAGCCUCACGGAGGAGUGUGAAAGCCCUUCAUGAUAGCAGACGAGAGGGGCUCCCUCUGACGACGGAAAGAAAGGGAUGUGUUACGGCGGGCAUGGCGUUACGACACAAAUUUGUGCAU